AUGGGAGAUAACCACACUCCGAUGCCCCUAGAGCGGUCGGUUCUCAUCCUAUAUGGAAGUGAGACGGGUAAUGCGCAAGAAGUGGCCGAGGAAUUGGGCGCCUUGACAGAGCGACUUCGUUUUGCAACGCAUGUAUCCGAGUUGAACCAAUGCAAGCCGGAAACACUUUUCUCUUACACGCUUACUAUAUUCGUGGCGUCAACCACUGGACAAGGUGAUUUACCCGCGAACGCGCGCUUGUUCUGGAAGUCGCUUCUGCUAAAGAAGCUGCCUCCGACAUUCUUGAACGGAAUAAAUUUUGCUUGUUUUGGGUUAGGAGAUACCUCGUAUCCCAAAUUCAAUUGGGCAAUUCGCAAGCUCUAUAAACGCCUACUGCAGCUCGGUGCAAAUGAAAUUUAUCCUACAGGCGAAGCAGAUCAGCAGCAUCCAGAAGGACUAGAGGGAACAUUUUUACCAUGGAUGACAGAUUUCCGAAAGCAUUUGCUAGAUAGACAUCCUCUCCCUGCUGGGCAGCAUCCAAUCCCAGAUGACGAACAGCUUCCACCAAAGUGGAUAUUGCAGUUAGGGAAGAAAAAAGAGUCUGCCCCAGCGUCCGAACCUUUCGUCACGGAAGCAAGCCAAGUUCCAGAUGAAUACCCAGGGCUACACAAUCUCGACCACGAUCUUCGUCCGAUUCCACAAACUCUAUCCGCGACAUUGACUGAAAAUCGACGGGUGACCCCGCAAAAUCAUUGGCAGGAUGUGCGCCAUGUCACCUUAAUCGUCCCAGAAACUGUCUCUUACGUCCCCGGAGACAUGAUUACCAUUACACCGAAGAGUAAUGUAACUGAUGUUCAAACUCUUAUCGAUCUGAUGGGAUGGCAAGAUCAGGCAGAUCAGCCAGUUUCCCUUGUCCCGACUGGAACCUCGCCUUCUCCGCCUCCCAUUCCCAAUCUUGACUCAUACCCAAACCUUACCCUCCGCGCACUCCUCAUAGAUUAUCUCGACAUCAAGGGAAUACCGCGAAGGUCUUUCUUCUCAACCAUUGCACACUACACAACCGAUGAAAUGCACAAAGAACGUUUAUUAGAGUUUACAAACCCCGAGUAUCUUGACGAACUAUGGGAUUAUACGACACGCCCACGUCGCAGUAUACUCGAGAUCCUGCACGAGUUUGAUACGGUCAAAAUCCCCUGGCAGCACGCGAUAUCUGUUCUUCCCGUCAUGCGUGCCCGCCAAUUCAGCAUCGCUAGUGGCGGGAAGCGCAAGGAGACAGUGGAUGGCAAAACACAAUUCGAACUACUAAUUGCAAUUGUCAAGUACCAAACAGUGAUCAAGAGAAUCCGCGAGGGUGUCUGCACCAAAUAUCUUUCCGUACUACGACCAGGCAGUACACUAAAAGUUCAGCUCCAACCAGGCGGUCUCAACUCUUCAGUGCAGCAACUCACUGGAGCAACUGUACUUAUCGGACCAGGAACUGGAAUUGCACCACUGAGAUCCAUGCUUUGGGAGAAGGCAGCUCUAGUCCAGGCCUACCGCGAGCAAAACCCAGGCGUAAAUCCACCCAUCGGCGCAACAGUCCUUCUCUAUGGCGGUCGAAACCGUGAAUCUGAUUUCUUCUUCGAAGAGGAGUGGACGGAGCUCAGCAAACUCAUUCCUCUCCAGGUCCUGACCGCGUUCUCGCGGGACCAACAGCGUAAAGUCUACGUACAAGAUACCGUGCGCGAGAACUUCCCGCUCUUCUUCCGCCUGCUGCAUGAUAUGCAGGGAUCAGUCUAUAUUUGUGGCUCCUCAGGACGCAUGCCUCAGGCGGUACGCGAAGCCCUUAUUGAGGCGUUCCAGCACGGAGGUGCUCCUGUGCCAGGGCAGCCAUUCACCCGGUCCCAGGCUGAGGAGUAUCUCAUCGGAAUGGAGAAGAUUGGCCGGUACAAGCAAGAAACUUGGUAA